UCUUUUCUCUUUUCAUUAAUGCCACCAUCCAUCCAAUUAACCACCUCGUUCAUUCACCCUCUCUGUGUACCCCUGUCAUCCAUUUUUCAGAGUUUGUAAACAUCCCGGUGCUUAUAACAACCGUCUCUCUUCCCUAGGCAUGGCGCACGUCUGGCUGUACGCCGUGGGUCAGUGCGCGCUGUCCGUGUGUGUGAUUGGUGUGAGUGUGCGCCUGUGCAUACCACGGAAACGCAGCGCCGGGGGAACCUCAGGGGACGGAGGUGGGGGAGGCGGUCGGCGCAGGGUGAGGAGCGUAGCCGCCUGCCUGAGGUUGUGCCUGGGCUGGGUAGGGAGCCUGGGCAACGCCGCGGCCAUCCCCAUCUCCAUCCUCCUCAACCUGCGCACGCCACAGUGCCUCUACACCUGCAUCACGCUGGUCAGCUGCCCGCUGCUCGUCAGGCAGUUCAAGAUGUUCCUGAUGCUGCUGCUGACGCUCAAUGCCCAUCUCCAGCACCGGCUAGGGGACAGGUACUCGGCCCUAGUGACCCGGCAGCGCGUGCUGUGUCUGGUGCUCUUCAGCUGGCUGGUUUCCGUGGUGACGGCCUUCGCCCAGUUCAUCGGCUGGGACGCCCAGGACAGCUGGGGCGGCGGCGGCUCCUUGGAGCUGGGCAUGGGCAGGCCGCAGGCGGGAGCCAACUGGAGCACGGCGCUGCCCAUCUUCCCCCAGGACCGCUCCGUCAUCGGCCGCUACCUGCCCUACGGUGGCUUCCUGUCCAAGUUCCUGGUCACGUACGCGGGCAACUACACCUACGCGGAGAUCCACGGCAGCCACUGGGGCGUGUGCGCUGCCGACACCGUCCUCAGCCCCAGCUUCAUGGUGUACGUCUACAGCGUGACCGUUUUCAUACUGCCCAUGCUGAUCAUGCUGGCGGUCUACCUGGACCUGAUGUGUUGUGGUCCGCGGCCCGGUCCAAGUCCCCUGGUGUCACCAGGGAAGGGGACAAUGAGUCACGCGCGCUCCGUGGCCCUGUCCAUCUCCCUGCUGGUGCUGCUCUGUCUGCCCUUGCACGUGUCCCACGUGCUGCUGCUCUUCGCUCCGGGAAAACCCCCGCCAACCUGGGCCGCGCUGGUGGUGUCGCUGCUGUUUCAGUCUUACGGCCUGGUGCCUCCGCUGCUCUUCAUGGAGAAGAAGAUGGAGGAAGGGAGCGGGCCCCCCCCGGCUCUGGAGGUGGCCUCCUCCUCCUACCCCCCAGGGAAGGCCAUGGGGAGGCCUUUCUGCACCGCCGCCACCACUCUCUACCCCCCGAGCCCUAACCCAAAAACCAAAGUGUGCCCCGAGGCGUGAGGAUGUACCUUGAGGAAAAAAUAAUGGAGCAAAUGUGUGCAAGAUGUCUUUUUAGCAUUCUUAGAUAUCUUGUCGUCGAUGCCUCGAGCGAGGGGUGUCGUUUCGUUCUUUUUGCAUCAUCUCUGCGCAUCCGUCUCCUCAUUAGCAGUCAGCACUCUCCAAACAAGGCCCAAGGAGUCAACGAGGAGAGCUCACCCAUCCUAACAAGGAGCUCCUCUAAUCCUGAGCUAUGGGCUAGAUUAACAGCCAACAUGCAUUUGUACGCAGAUGGGAAUCGAUCUGAGUAUGUUUAAUUAAACAAAUUGUAAUAACCUAUCUGGCGAGGGAGGGGGAGAAGUUAUUAUUGUGUUGAAGCAUAAUUAACCUCUCUGUGACACAAUUUUUAUUGGAGUUUUGAUUAAA